AGAGCACUCCAACUCUUCUCCAGAUCCCAGGUUUGCUGCAGGACCUGCUGAUAACCUCCUGGUGUCUCCAGGUUGUCCCAGGCUUUGGUGCCAGGGCUGUCUAUCAGCAGGCUGACCUUCCAUAUGUUGUGGGGGGUCUGGGCUUGUUCUGCCCGGGAGGAUGGGGGAAGCCUGUACUGAAGCCUGGCCGGAGCUGAGGAACCUGAGCUGCAGCCUCUUGGACUAUGACACCGCCCGCUUGGACAGCCAGGACUUCAUGACGGACCGGAGCUUCGAGGCGGCUCGGACCGUGGUCGGGGUGACCCUGGUCGGGAUCAUGUUGGUGUGUGGGCUCGGCAACUUGCUGUUCAUUGUGAGCCUGGUUCGCUGUAGGCAGCGCCGCAGCCUGACCAGCCUCCUGCUCGCUAACCUGGCCGUCUCGGACAUGCUGGUGGCUGUGCUCUGCUGCCCCUUCGAGAUGGAUUACUAUGUGGUCAAGCAACUGUCCUGGGAGCACGGCCACGCUCUGUGUGCCUCGGUCAACUACCUCCGCACCGCUUCCCUGUCUGUCUCCACUAACGCGCUGCUAGCCAUCGCCAUCGACCGAUAUCUAGCCAUUGUCCAUCCCCUGAAGCCCAGGAUGAAGUACCAGACUGCCUAUGUGCUGAUCGGCCUGGUGUGGGGUGCCUCUCUGCUCAUGGCCAUCCCCUCUGCUUACUUCACCACUGAGGUCACCAUCCCACACUCCAACUCGCAGAACAAGAUCUUCUGUGGGCAGAUCUGGCCAAGAGAGCAGCAGGUCUCUUACAAAUCCUACUCCCUCUUCAUCUUCGUCCUACAGUUCCUGGGUCCCUCGCUGAGCAUGGGUCUCUGCUACGCCCACAUCUCCCGAGAGCUCUGGUUUAAGAGUGUGCCUGGUUUCCAAACCGAGCAGAUACGGAGGAGGCUGAAGUGUAGGAGGAAGACUGUGUUGGUGCUCAUGGGCAUACUGACUAUUUACAUCCUCUGCUGGGCUCCCUAUUAUACCUUCACCAUAAUUCGCGAUUUCCACCCCACACUGGUUUUGAAGCUGAAACACUACAUUACGGUCUUCUACGUUGUCGAAUGCAUUGCCAUGAGCAACAGUAUGAUCAACACCAUAUGUUUUGUCACCGUCAAGAGCAGCACCAUGAAAUACGUCAAGAAAAUGAUUCUCAUAAGGUUUAGAUCCACUUCUGGUGGCAGUAGCAGAUCAGGCCAAGAUCUGAGAACGACUGGGAUGCCGGGGUCAGAUGAAAUCGAGCAAAUGCAACUCCAGUAGCACCUUGCGAUGAUGUCGAGUAUCUGUAAGGCUUCCCCAUCCCAUUGACAGAGAGUUCAGAGGGACUGGCGGUCAAAUGCUGCCUUGAUGUCAAGGCCAAUCGCAUUCACCUCAGCUUUGGGCUUCAGUUCUCUCGUCCAUGUUUGGACCAAGGCUGGAAUGAGGUCUCUGUGUAGCUGCCCUGUGAGUGCUUGACUAAAUAAUGUGGAGGGAUUUACACUCCCUGUGGAAAUGGUAUUGAACCUGUCCUGCCACAAUCCUUUAUGCAUUCUAGUGAAAGGGAAGAAGAAUCAUAGAUUCCCUACAGUGUGGAAACAGGCCAUUCAGCCCAAUAAAUCCAUACUGACCCCCAAAAGCAUC